AUGGAGGAAAAGCCUCUCAUAACGCCAGAGAGCUUCAUCACCAUCACUGGGCCGGCGGAUAUGAUCAGUGAUGAAACGCGCUUCGCUGUUGCCUCUCACACAGCCAAGGCACGACGACGGAAAAGGCGUAAAUUGACCGACUUUGAACCUGGGACAACCAUCCGUAAAUUCCUGGUUUGGAAAGCAAAUAAAGAGCCAGCUUCGCGGCGCAAGGCAUCCGAUGAACCCCAGAGCGAUGAGCAGACCCCUCUCGCCGUCGUACCAUACAAGAGUCCACCAGAACAACCGCUCGGUAUCCUCAGCCAAGCGAGGAGAGAUCCCUUUGCCCGGUAUGCGGUUUCUGACAUUCCUGGUCUAGUAGAUGAAGUGGUUGAUCAUGCUGUUCGGCUCUUCUGGCCUGGGCUGUCUCCAAGCAAAGCGCCAAAUGUAGUCAACCCAGUCAACGAUGCCUAUCUCGAGGCAAUCCGAAGCUCCCGCCUGGCAUUCUAUGCCUAUAUGGUAGGCACGGCUGAAAAUUACGAGAUGCUGAGCGGGAUCAAUUUUAGCUCAAAGGCAUUCACAAAGUUAUGUCUGGCCUAUCGCGUGGAGAUGAUCAAACUCGUCAACCAAGAGAUCCAGGAGAUGACUGGUCCGCCAUCCGACGAGUUGCUGGGAGCCAUUAUCGUGCUCGCCGGCAAUUCUGCUGGCUACCUCAGCCGAACGAAAGGAUCGCUCGUCAAAGCUGCGAAGCCGUCGCGGUUCAACUCACCCCUUCGAACCGCGCAAUUUCUCCACGUAUACAGCACGAACCCCUUCCCCAGCGCACACUCAGAAGCAUUAGUUCGGCUGGCGAUCAUGAAAGGCGGAUGCGCCCAGAUCAAGUCGCCCGGCGUCGCCAGCACGGCUGCAUUAUGUGAUUUGGUCAAUGCUUCACAAACCAAUUCUCAGCUCUACAUCAUCCCCAUGAGCCCACCCACGUUGGCGCCCUUAAAAGCCCUGUCUGACUUGAUUGCGACGGCAGGACUCAGGUGGGACCUUGACACAACGGCCUGGAGCCAUCUACCACUCAAUCCACCGCGGAAGGAUGAGUUCCUUACAACAGUCCAGGCAAUGUUGGACGUCAAUACCGCAGUGGGAUGUUACCUGAAUAAAAAUGGGCCCGCCAUGGUCUUCGCCGACAUUGUCAACGCCCGCAACGACGCCCAAUAUCUGCUGCUGAGCCUCUCACCAACAAAUGAAGUUGACAAUGAAUCGUUAUCGACGUUGGUGCAGUCCGCGGAGCACAUGUACGAAAUCAGUCGCACUGCGCUACGAAUAUACAGCAAUCUGUUGCUGUUCCCCAUGAAUCCCAGCGGCGGCACGAGCCGGAUUUUAGCAGCGGCGCUCCGAAAAGCAAUCGUCGCGAGCGAAAGCGUGAACCCGUGGCAACUAUUGCCCGACACGUGUAAGCGCAUGCUGCUCUGGGCACUAAUGCUCGGGGGCAUCCAAGUUGAUGAUGGUGUUAUCGAUGCUCGGGCAGAGAGGUCGUGGUUCGUCGAGCGGCUCGCAGAUGUGAUGUUAUUCAUUGAUACCUUGACAUGGCGACAGGUCGAAGAUUGCCUGGCGUCGUUCAUGUGGCUGGAUAUAAUCCUCAACCCGGCCGCAGUGGAGCUCUGGGCUGAUGCGAGAAAGACGCGAGAUCAGGAUCAGGAAGCCUUGGAGAUGGAGGGGCUGGCUUUGCGGCCUCGCGAGGGUCUGUGA